CUCAGUUCAAGUCAACGGAUGCAGAUUUAGUGCGAAGAAAAUCAAUUGAAUAGAAAGCCAAGAUGAGGACGGCAACGGUUCUUUCCUUAGCCGCAAUUACAUUGUUGUGCAUUGCUCAAAGUAGAGCCAGCAUUGUACCCUUGACGGGUGUGAAUCAACUACCUUUGGUGCUUUCUGUACCAACUGUGGUGACUGUAGUUCGAACAGAAGAUGAUGGACAAUACAAACCAGUGCCCGGUUUGGAGGGCGAAUAUGUGCCAAGCAUCGAGGAUGCAGGUAUAACUAACGUCAUAACUACAGGAGUAUUGGCUGGCGGUGUUGUUGGAGGACCUUUGGUCAGCUCUCCAGGUGCUCUGCUCACCGUUGGUGGACCUGUAAGUGUUGCUGGACCUGUAAGUGUUGCUGGACCUGUAAGUGUUGCUAGUACUGUCAAUAUUGCUGGUGGUGAAGGUGCAGCAGUUGCAGAAGCAGUGAUUAGUUCAGCAGCUGUUGGCGGUGGCGGUGAAGGGGCUGGCGUUGCAGUUAGCUCUGGCAGUAAUGGAUCCAGUGACGGCUCAAAUGGAAGCGCUGUAGUUGUCGGAGCAGAUGCUGCAGAAGGCGUAGUUGGUUCUGCUGGUGUGGAAAGUAUUGCCGCCGGUGGUGUAGAUUCUGGAAAUGGCAGUGGUGGAGCUGGAGCCCUAGGUGUCGAAGCUGCUGCAGGUAGCGCUAUUGGAAUUGGAGGACUAAGUGUGGAAGCUGCUGCUGGCAGUGCCAUCGCAGCCGAAGGACUAGCUGCCUCAGUAGCAGGUGCUGGUAGCGCUAUUGAAGUUGGAGGACUAGGUGGCUCAGGUGGCGCUGGCGCAAUUGCAGUCGAUGAGUUAAGUGAUGAAGGUGCUGCUGUUAGCGCUAUUGGAGUUGGAGGACUAGGUGGCGCAGGUGGAGGUGCUGGUGGCGCUAUUGGAGUGGAAGGAUUAGGUGGCGAAGGUGGUGCUGGUGGCGUUAGUGGUGCUGGAAACGUAGUCUUGGGUGGAUCUGGACCUUAUCUUAUUGUUAGCAGUGCAUCUGGCGGUGGUGGUGGUGGAGGUGGUGCCGGAGGUCUUAUUGGUGCUGGAGGUGGUGGUGGUGGAGGCGGUGCUAGCGGAAUUGGUGGAGCUGGUGGCGGUGGUGGUGCCGCUGGAGCCAGCGUUAUUCAUGGUAUUGGUGGCGGUGGUGGUGCUGGAGGGGCUGGCGGUAUUGGUGGUGCCGGUGGCGGCGGUGCCGGUGGCGGCGGUGGUGGAGGUGGAGGCGGUAGUGGACAUGGCGGAGCAGGAGGUGGCGGUGCCGGCGGCGCAGCUGGUAUCGGAGGCGCUGCUGGGGGUGGUGGCGGUGGUGGUGCUGGUGCUGCCACUGGCAUUGAUGGCCGCGCUGGUAGCUCGGGUGCAAGUGGUGCAGACGCUUGGGGUGGUGGCGCGGGUGGUGCUGGUGGUCUUGGUGCACCCGCUUUACCUUGGCUAAAUCUUCAUUAAGAAAGUUACUUCCUAAAGCAAGUCUCUUUAUAAUGCUCAAAGUAAUGGAAAUGUGAUGUGUAAUCUAAUAUAUUAUAUUUUUAACUUGACAUCAACUACACUAGUUUAAGUCUAGUCGUCAUUUUGUACUUGCAAGUGAAUAAAAAGAUUUCACAAUAAAAUUGUAACUAAA